AAAUGUUAUUUUUAAUCAGAUGCAUCAACCCGAAGAUGUAAAAUUGCAUUAGCUGCUAAAAUAACUUUAUACAAUAGUCAUCACAUUAAUUAGUGCUCAAUCACGGACAGUUGUUGGAACAAGAUGUAUAAGCGUUUCUCUGACCAGAGAAAACGGUUACCACAGACUCCGGUCAUAACUAUAGAGUUGCUCGAUUGAUGUGUCAUGCUAGUUUUUCUCUCGCUCUCUUUCACCACAAUCUGGGUUAUAUCUCAGCUUCAUGAAAAAAUAUAUAUAUUCUAUGGCAUUUCUAUAUAUGCCAUAUAGUGCAUCGUGGAUUAACCCUCAGAUAAUUCUCACUUUUGGGGGUUGUGAUUCGAAACAGCGGGUUUUCCUAUUGACACAAUCUGCGGUAGUCACUAUUUCAAAGCGAAAUACCUUUUCUUUUACCCAUUUUAGAUAAAUGGAAGUGUAUUACUAAUGUCUCCAAAAUCCAUUGGCAGUGAAGCAACCCGCGUUAAGGAAGAUUAGAGUUUCCUAGUAGUCUCCCUUGUGGGAGUUCUUUUGUCUCCAGCCAAAGCAAACACCAAACUGGCAGACGACGCGAAAAAAAAAAAAAAUUUUGAAAGCUUUGGACCCCUGUAGACGAUGAACCUUCAAAACAGCUCUUUUUUUCAGAUCUGACAUGAAGCUUCCCUUGGAAUUUAAAUAAAUGUAAAAAUGUAAUCAGAUUUUCAUUAAUCUUAAGAGUUAUCUAGGAUUCAUUUCCCAAUGAGGCGAAAGAUGUUAUUUCGAAUUGGACUGUCUGUAGUCAUUUUUGUGUCAGUAUUAUUAUUUUAUUAUAACAACAUUAGGGAUCAGAAUAAAUUGAAGAAGUUAAAGAUUGGUGAGCAGUAUGAGUCAGUAGAACAAAUUGAUGGUUUAAUAGCAAAAUAUAAAGAGAAUGAUACAGGUCAAAAAGGUAGUAACCCAGUAGAUGAAUCCAAGCCACUUAAUGGUGAAACUGAAGAUGAAGAUAGACUUGAAAAAGAUGUUGGGGUUGAAGAAAAAACAGUUUUGAAGAAAGACGAAAAACCACAUGAACAUUCGAAGAUACUUCACAGUAGCACACCAGGAUUGAGACCUGUGAUACAAAGGGUUGGAAACCUUGUCAGAAGCAAUCCUAAACAAGCAUUACAUGUUUCUGUCGUUGCCUGUGGAGAUCGUGGAGAAGAAACUCUUGUACUUCUCAAAUCUGCUGUGCUUUUUACAACCUCUCCACUUGUUUUUCACAUAUUUUCAGAAAAGGAGUUACAGAAUUUUUUUCAGUUGAAGCUGGAUUUGUGGCCAAAGGAUUUUCUGGAAAAAAUUGAGUAUAACAUAUAUGACAUCACAUUUCCAUCAGAAGAGAAUGCAGAUGAAUGGAAAAAACUUUUUAAGCUCUGUGCUUCACAGAGAUUAUUCUUACCAUCUCUGCUCAUGCACAUUGAUUCCCUCAUCUAUGUUGACACUGACAUCAUAUUCCUUAGUCCCCUGGAAGAAUUGUGGAGUUUCUUUGCACAUUUCAAUGGUACACAACUUGUCGCACUGGCUCCUGAACAUGAAGAUGCAAAUGUAGGCUGGUAUAAUAGAUUUGCACGCCAUCCCUACUAUGGUCCCUUGGGUGUCAACUCAGGUGUUAUGCUGAUGAACUUGACACGUCUUCGAGAAACCACAUGGAUGUCAUCCAUUCUUAAAUACUACAAAGAAUACCGUCUCAAAAUCACCUGGGGGGACCAAGAUCUUAUCAACAUUUAUUUUCAUUAUCAUCCAGAUCAGCUUUAUGAAUAUAGCUGUGAAUGGAACUACAGACCAGACCAUUGCAUGUAUAUGAGUGUUUGCAAAACUGCUGAAAAAAAUGGAGCAUAUGUUGUACAUGGCUGCCGAAGAGUAAUGCACAAUGACAAGCAGCCUGCCUUCAAAGCUAUUUAUGACACAUUCAAACAGCAUCAGCUGGGUGACAAUAUAGAGACUCAACUGCUGGAAAAUUUGAAGAAAAACUUGCAGUCAACAAGUACCACCCCAUGUGGGAAAGUAGGCUCUAUAUUUUUACAGCAAUUGGAGAAAUUUGUUAACAAGCAACAGCAUUUCUUACCAAAGAAACCUAUACCUGAGAAACUGAAUAGAUAAUAUUUUGUUUUUGUUUGUUUGCAUGUCUUAUUUCGUGAAUUGGUUGGGAUUCAUAACAUAAAUCAUUCAAAUCUUUCUUCAGUUUAACUUUUUCCCUCUGUUCAUUGAUGGUUGUGGUUUUAUUGAAAAUCUAUGUAUUCUUUGAUAUAAAUAAAAUUAUUAUGUUUUUAUUUGUGGAUAACUAUUAUGCUAACUCAUAUGUAAUUGCUAUGUAAAAUUGUGGUUAAUUAUGCUGAUUCUUAUGUUAUGCUCUUUUAUGUGGGUGUGUGUGCACAUACACACACACCAGAGAGUGGGUAGCUAACAGCUCAAUCAUCAGAUGUAGACCAUAUGAGAUGUGCACUAAUAAUGUAAGCAACAUGUGCAAAUACAUAUGACUUAAAAAAGUUUUGCUCAGAGGCCUGCAUGAUCUAGUGAAAAGUUAUCAGGGUGCAGUAAACGUUACCUAAGGUCACAAAUGCUUUCUCUAAUUAUCUCCCAUAGUCUGGAUUUUUAAUUGUCAGCCUUGCUUUCACUUGUUUAGCUUAUCAGAUGCAAUCUUCGAAACUACAUGUCAUACUUUGGUGCUCUUGUUGUAGAACUUUUUUUUAAAUGUUAGUAAGAAACCAUAAGAAAGAUUCAAACACCUUAACAAAAAUCAAUCACCAAAACUGUAACAUUUGCAAGAAUGGUUUUACUUUUUUUUGGACAAGGAAGAAAUCUGUAAUGCGAAAAAUCCAUAGGUGAUGGUAAAAUAUUUUAAGGCCAUUUACAUGAUGCCAUAAUGAAAAAUGCAUGGAACUUGAGGUAUAAGAUGUUAUCCAGCUGUUCCUAAGGAAGGAAAUAACCAAGGUGUUUCAGGCGAAACAGAUAAUGGUUGUGAAAGUUGGUGGGAGUGGUGGCAUCAUACUCUUUACAUAACCAUACAUUUAUUAAUUGAUUGUGAAGAGCAUUUUAAUUUUUGUUCUUGUAAAUAGCUAAUCUUUAGUAUCUUAUAAUUAUGUAUCUGAGCAUAGCAGCACUUACAAACUAACAGCUGUGUUAAAUUGUUUUCUGUCAACUUUUUGAAAGUAGAUGUUCUGUUGCAGAUGUAACAGUGAUUUUUUUUUUUUACUUAAAAGAUAAUCUGCUGAGUAGAUUUUUAUCACUCUUUCAGUGGUUUUUGCCUCAAAUAUUUCUUUCAAUUUUGGUAAAGAAAGAUUUCCUCCACAGUGUGACACUGGGACUAAGCUCUUCACAGACGGUUUGACUUAGUUCCACUAAAAUCACUUGUGGUGAAUUGUUGGUUUUUAUAUUGUGUAGACGUAAGCUAAACAGUCCCUCUGUAUUUAACAUUUCCGUAAGACAUAAGUACGACUAGCGAUCAUAAAUUUUCCAAGAUCUGUGCAAUUUUUAAUGGCAGAAGACAAUGUUACACUGACAAGUGAAACAGCACAUAUUUGUAAUGAUUCCCUACAACAAAGAAAAUGCAAAGCAUUUAAUAGUAUUUACAUUUUCAUUAUAUUUUAUUUGCAUGUUCAUCAGCUUUGUGCCAGGAGAGAUGGCUGAGCUAUAGAUGGGAAUAAUCAGGUUGUCUCCCUUCUGACCACACAUUUCCUAGGUUCUUUGCACCUGUUUGUACUGUCUUUGCUGCCAACCCCUGUUAUCCACCUUCGUGCCAAAGAUCGUUGAUUUAGAUAUUUAGCCUGAUUCGUUUGAUGACAUGUGUCACUGACUAUCACAUUUUCGUUUUAUGUGCAGGUGUAGACAGUAUAAAUAGGAAUACAGUGAAAUGCAGGGUGCUUGAAUUCAUUCACAUUUGUUAAAAUUCAAAAACUUUGUAAAUAUUUUGAAGUAUUUCGAUUUUAAUCAUUAAUGAAUUUCUUUAUAUUUCAUAAAUGUUUUGUCUUCCAUUGUAUAAUCAAUAUUAUGGUACUGUCUGCAGUAGUUCUUCCAUGCACAAACUUUGAUAUCAAAAUUUUAAAAAAAUUCUUCCAAUUUGGAAAAUCCAAAACUUGUUAUAACAUCAGCUCUAUUUUUCUUAAUUUGUAAAAUUUUAGGUGGCAGUUUCUUUAUAUUGUUAUAAAAUUUUAUAAAAUAUAAAAUUUUCAAUGA